UCGUUAAAAUGUGAUUUGAGUGACAGUAAAUUAUAAAAAUGAUAACUUCGCCAAGGCAAGUAAACGUGUUAAUUAACAGUAGCAUCGAUGACAGUGUCGAUAGCUGCGUUGACAACGAAGACGACAAAGAAAGGCUGUUGAAACCGAGAAAUAAUUUUGCGUCAUAUUCGAACGAGGAUAUCAAUGUUAGAUUUCGGAAUGUUUCCUAUAAUCGUAGCGGUACAUCCUCACAAAGUAUUACAGAGGCAGUUUCUAAUAACCCAAGGAGACUUAAUACGGAAGAGAUAACUCCUGGAGCUACUAAUUUUUUAUCUACAAACUAUGAGAGUUUAGAUUAUGAUCCCUGUGAGAAUCACCUUCUUCAAGAUGAGGAACGAAAAAAAGGAUAUAAAUUUGUAGUUAGAAAAAAUUUUGCCAGAUGGUUUAUUUUCUUAUUGAUAGGUAUUUGCACAGCGCUUAUAGCGGGCUUUAUUGAUAUAUCUAUAGAAGAAUUAACAGGCUUGAAAUAUGGUUUUCUCAAAAUAUAUGUAGAUCGGUGUGUGGAAAACAACUGUUUAUGGCUACCAUAUCUGAUAUGGUUAGCCCUAAAUUUUGCACCCGUUUUAAUAGGUGCUAUUUUAGUUGCUUACGUGGAACCUGUUGCUGCUGGCAGUGGUAUUCCACAAGUGAAAUGUUAUUUAAAUGGAAUUAAAGUACCUAGAGUUGUCCGUAUUAAAACAUUGGCAGUAAAAGCAAUUGGAGUAAUUUGUACUGUAGUGGGGGGUCUAGCUGGUGGAAAAGAAGGGCCCAUGAUACAUGCUGGAGCUGUUGUAGCAGCAGGAAUAUCACAGGGGAAAAGCACUACCUUUAGGAAAGACUUUAAAAUAUUUAAAUAUUUUAGAGAGGAUCAUGAAAAACGAGACUUCGUAUCGGGAGGUGCCGCAUCUGGUGUAUCUGCUGCAUUUGGAGCGCCAAUUGGAGGAGUAUUAUUUAGUAUUGAAGAGGGAACUAGUUUCUUUAAUCAGAGUCUUACAUGGAGAACAUUUUUUGCCAGCAUGAUUACAACAUUUACGUUGAAUAUUGUCCUCAGCACGUAUCAUGGACGACCCGGUGACCUUUCUUAUCCGGGCUUGCUAAAUCUUGGAAAAUUUGAUACAAUACCGUAUCAGAUUUAUGAAAUUCCUCUGUUUAUGAUAAUGGGAAUGAUAGGUGGAGUUUUAGGCUCUGCUUGGAAUCAUCUGAAUUAUAAGAUUUCUUGUUUUCGCUUGAAAUACAUGAAAAAGAAAUGGUUGAAAGUCGUGGAAGCUCUUUCCGUAGCCGCAUUAAGCGCGACAAUGGGAUUCAUUAUGAUUUAUUUCAUAAAUGAUUGUAAACCAUUAGGAAAAGAUCCCACUAAAUUUCCCAUUAAGAUGUAUUGUAACGAAGGUGAAUACAACGCGGUUGCAGCUUUGUGGUUUCAAACACCAGAAAGUAGCGUACGAUCUUUGUUUCACGAUCCGAAAGGUUCUCAUAAUGAUCUAACUUUAGCAAUUUUUGUGGUCUUAUAUUUCUUUCUGGCUGUUGCUACAUUUGGUCUAUCUAUGUCCAGUGGACUUUUUAUACCAUCUCUUCUGAUUGGUUCAGCUUGGGGAAGAUUAAUUGGAUCAGGCCUUACAAGAGUUUUCCCGAAUUGCGUUGUUUUGGAUCCGGGAAAAUAUGCUUUAUUAGGUGCAGCUGCUCAAUUGGGAGGAGUAGUUAGAAUGACAAUAAGUUUAACUGCUAUACUAAUAGAAGCCACCCAAGGCAUAUCUUUCGGUUUACCAGUUAUAAUAGUUCUUAUUAUGGCUAAAUGGGUUGGAGACUUUUUCAAUGAGGGAAUUUAUGAGAUUCAUACACAGAUGGCCGGGAUUCCCAUAUUAGCAUGGGAAGCACCACCAUUAUCAAACAACAUAUAUGCCAGUGAAAUAAUGAGUCAUCCAGUAGUGACUCUGAAAACAGUAGAAAAUGUGGGGCAUAUACUGGAACUUCUUAAAUGUGUAACAUUUAAUGGAUUUCCUGUAGUUGAUCCCCCUAGUAGCGAUCAGGCUGAAAUCGACUCUUAUGGACGAUUUCGUGGUCUGAUCUUGCGUUCUCAACUGAUAGUGUUAUUGCAAAAUAAAAUUUUUAACGAGUACGCAGAAUAUUGGGAAAGAAAUUUGAGUAUUAAAAUGUUUAGGAAAGAAUACCCUAGGUAUCCGACAAUUGAACAAGUGACCGUGCUCGAAGAAGAAAAAACUUACAUGAUUAAUUUAAGACCUUUCAUGAAUCCUUCUCCUUAUACAUUACAACAUUCUGCAACACUGCCACGAACGUUUAGACUUUUUAGAGCUUUAGGCCUUCGUCAUUUAACGGUGGUAAAUGAUACAAAUGAGGUGAUUGGAAUUAUUACUCGAAAAGAUGUAGCCAGAUUUAGAAUAUGGAAACAUACAGGAAGGAUGGGAUUAGAUGAACUUUUAAUUACUAAUAAAAUUUAAUUUUUACUUUUUUAUAUAUAAAUAUUCAACGAUAAUUCAUUUAACAUAUUGAUGAGAUAUUACAUAUGUACAUAUAUUAUAGCUGCAUACAAACAUAUGCAGUCUUGAUAUUACUAAAAUUUAAGAGAUUAAAGUAUUAGAAAGAAUACAAAGUGAAAUUAACCAAAGAAGUGGAAUGUACGUAGUAUUAAUUAAUUAUUUACAAACAAUUGCCAGCCUAACCAUGACCAUAAUUUAAAAAAUAGAUAUACUGGAAGAAUCACUAAUAAUAAAAGGAAAUAAUAUUCGUAUGAUGAAAUGUACAUAUUAAUCUUCUGAUCAUGUGGACUGGAUUCCUCUAUUGUAAGUGUCUUUAGCAAAUGUGAUGUAGAACCUUUCUAUACGAUCUGUAACAUGAAAAAGUAUUUUAUUAUUGAAAGAAAUCUGAUAUGUAUUUUGCUUGAUUUGUAUUUAUUUAUCUGUAGGUUUAUCGAAGUAAUUGAAUUGAUUAACACGGAAAUCAGUUUUUCUAAAAUAUACAUCACGCAAAUACAUUUCAAAAUAAGAUAAACACUAUUUAAAUAUGUUACUCUAUGCAUUUUAAGCGUUAAAUACAUUUUAUAAGCAUACGCUGAUUUAUAAAAUAAAUGUAUCUAUACAUUUUGAUGUCAUUUUAUUUGACUAUACGUCUAUAUUACAUUAACCAAGGAAUGAAUCACCUUGAGAUAAUAAUACAUACAAAGCAGAAGACAGAUAGGUUUUUUCGCAAAUCUAUACCAGUAAAAAGAAUUAAAUACCCGAAGCUUGUGUGCACGUACGUCAUUUUCAGUCUGUUUAUUUGUAGUUUAAAUAAUUACAGAUAUCGAAAUAGUGAAAGAUAUUUGUCGAAAUUUAAAAUAGGUAACAACAAAAGUUUUUCACGUGACUCAUAAAUUUAACAACGCUGAUACGUCAUUUCUGUGAUUAGUUUUUAAAUUAAACGCAAUUGACACAUGCGUGUAUAUCAA